AUGUCUGGUGUAAAAUCUUUGAUUGCGAUCCACCCAAUCACACGUGCGUAUAUCGAAUCCCAGAGUUGGCCAAACUCUCUCUCUACAGCUGCUGUUUCGACUUUCAUAAUUUGGAGGUCAAUCAAACUAGUGUGGCUGACCCAGAUUUUCGAGCCUGGCUUGAAAUCUCACUCGCGGUGAGUCAAGCCAGGCUUGAGACGCUAGUGUGACCGUAGCCUUACAGUGUUGAAAUAAAGUAUUUAUUAUUAUUAUUUAAUAAUAAUAAUACUACUAUCAAAUUUCAAAUGGUUUCUUAGAGAGAUCCAGGUGUCAGGACUCAAAAAGUGUAUGAGAAUUUUCAAAGUUUUUAAACAUCUAGCCACAAGGCACAUUUUAUUGUGCACUUAUAAAUUCCAAAGUAGAAAGAUGUUUUAAAUCUGUUGAAUUUGGCAACAACCUGCACUGCUUAUCUUGGACAAUGCAUGAUUCCCAGUGCCCUAAGGUUCCCCAACUAUAAAUACACUCUGUAAAAUAAUAACACUCAAAUAGUUAAAAAUCACCUCAUUAUCACUUUAUUUUUCCAGCUAGCACCCUGCUUUUAAUUUUUCAAUUCCCUCACAACUUUCAUUUACUGUACACUCCCCCACCAGGUUACACACACACUGGAAAUUUGCUGAGCAAAAAAAUUACUCUCAAUCACUCAUAUCAUCUUAUUUUCUUGACAAAUACCAUUCAUUUAAUCCUUGAGCACCUCACUUAAACUAUACCCCUUACCAUUCCCCCAUGGCAAUACUCCUUUGAUACAUUGCUGUUAAAUCCACCUCAUUAAAUACAUCUAAACCAGAAAUAUCUGUGAUUAUCUGUGACUCAUGCAUGUAAAGCAUGGGGAACCCCUUUCAGCCCACAACCUUGUUUAAGAAGUAUAGUCACACAUCAAAACUUGCGUCUGAAUUGAUUACAUUAAGCUCUAAGCAUAACAAUCAUAACUUUCAUUUAAAUGGAGAACAUCAAUAAGAAUACUUUUUCAAAAUGUUUGGAUUCUGUUUAAUUUUGUUUCCUUCAGUCAAUGAAAACAUUGUAGGUAUGUUGGUUAAUUUGACCUUGGAGGAAAUAUAUUAGUAUAUUUCCUCCAUGAUUUGAUGUAGGGGCUCCCUGGUAGAAUUACAGUAGGCUUACAACAUUACACAAUGAAGUUUAAAUCUAUAAUUUCAUGGUCUUAUACUCUCACUAUAAACUCAAUGACAGCAAUUCUAUUGAACUAUCUUUGAAAUGGUUUAUUUCUUUAAGUUCAGUCAUCAGUGAUGAAUUUAUUGAGCAUCACAAUAUCAAUAGGCCUACUCUGCAAUAUUUUUGUGUUGAAUUUAGUAAAACAGGUACUUGGCCUUUUAAAGUAUAAUUUAAAGAGGAUGCAAAUUUACUACUAUAGUGUUAUACAUUUUACGUCAUCGAUUGGGUAUUGCUCGAUAAAUGCUAAACUUCGACAGCGCCAUCAAUGGCCAAGUGCCAAAUUUUGACGUCAUCAGUGUUUCAUCCGGGUAUGAAGUUUUUCGUCGAAACAGCCAGACAAUGGUUGCUGUUUGGGUGCCAGGACAAAUGUUGUUUCCAGUUCCGUGUUCUUCUUCACACGAAGUUAUCCCGAAGCAACGCAUCCGGAUAGUUCAUGGUAAAGGUUACUACCUGGUUCCUAGGAAACCAUUAAUUUCUGUCAAACAGCUCUUUCUUGAUUAUUUGCCUCUGCAAGAAGCUGACUAUGCACAAUUACAGGUUUUUGACCAUACUUCCUCCAAAGUUGAGCUACACACUGAGGUUGGAAAUCUGAUAUACUUUGAGAUCUCAAAUGGUGGUAAAGAUCGAAGCUUGCCCCUGUGGUAAAUUCAUAUGCCAUCAAAAACCAUCAAGUUUACUUUCCUGUAAUUUCAUCGAGUGAUAGAUUCAAUUCAAUUUCGAUUUAUUGGUCAAACACGCAGAUAAAAACAUGUUCAAAACUUUAGCUGAGUGUACAUGCUGAACAUAGAUAAGAUGAUGUCUGUAGAAUCUCUCUUAGUAUAAUAUUAUAUUAGGGUAUUAUUUAACGUAAAUGUUUAGAAUUGUUGUGUGCUGUAGAUUUGUGCUGUUGAUUUUCUUCGUUAAUACAAAAUAAUUACCAAAUUACGAAAUACAAUUUUUAUAUGAAGAUUUUGAUAUAAAUGGUGCAACUUGGUUCUAAUUGUUCAUAAUGCUAUUAUAAUUAUAUGAAAUGUGCAAAUUGAAAGUGCUGUUAAGUGCUAACUAGUAUAAAACAAAUUUUCACAUGAACAUGAUGUAGCAAUUGGGAUGAGAUUUUCUCUAGCACUGUAUAUUGCAUAAAAUCAUGAAUGCGAAUCAUGUUGUUAUUUUGUCUAUCAGGUAUUAGAAAAUUGCUAUAUUGUCAGGAACAUUGUGAGACAACAGUAAUUUCAUUUUAGGUACAAUAAUCUGUAAUAGGCUUUAAAUUACUUUAUGACUGUAUGUACUGGUUGACCUGUUGCUCUAGCUUUGGGUGCUCAUGAUUUGCAGUAUGAGACUGAAUUAAAUCCAUCCAGGUUGGAUUUUCCUGCUUAACUGAUUGCCACAAGGAAUCUGUCCUCAUUGAUUUUGUAUGUUCUGUACGAACUAUACAAAAUUAAUUGUUAAGUUAUAGCACUGCAGUGUAACCACUAGAUGCUGCAGAAUAUUUAUUAAUUUAAGUUUUUUGGUGUUUUUUUGGUACUCCGCCGCUGCUUAUUUCUUCAUUAAUAUAUAAAAUUAAAGCAUUUAACCAUACCAAUUCUACACUGUUUACAUUCAGAAAUAAAAUAUUUAUUUUAUUUUCUCCUCUGUCUGGAUGUUUUUGGCAAAAUCAUCUGCUAAAUG